CCGCCAGGGGGUUUCGUUCCUGCAGUCCGAAAUUCAACAGCGUGAAUCCCGCCGGAAUCCAGGGCGUUCUGUCGAUGUCGCAGCGGUGUCGCGCGCGCGGGGGACCCGCACGGGUUUUCCCCCCACGAGGAAAGGCAAGAGGCGCGGGCAUGCCUCUCUGCUCGUUGUGAUCUAGCGAGGGCUGCAACUGACCUGUUUGGGAUUGCACGGGUUUUUUCACCCGCUCCGGAAACCUUGGCGAGUGGAAGCAGCGAGAAAAAGGAGAGAAACUGCAACCAGUCUAAGGAUUGAAGGAACAUGAAGUCUUCUAAUAAAGCUUUCAACAGGAAGAGCUAGUGGAUGAAGUGUGUCAGCUACAGAAAUCUCCUCUGCCCUUGGCUGUCAUUCUAGUGCCUCUUCUUUUUGCCUCCUGAAACUUGACAGUUGUGAGACAUGUCCAUUGGACUCAAGCAAGUUUUUAAUAAGGACAAGACUUUUCGCCCCAAACGGAAAUUUGAACCAGGGACACAGCGGUUUGAGCUCCACAAACGAGCCCAGGCAUCACUGAACUCUGGGGUGGACCUGAAAGCAGCUGUGCAGCUGCCCAGUGGAGAAGAUCUAAAUGACUGGGUAGCUGUUCAUGUGGUUGACUUUUUCAACAGAAUCAACCUGAUCUAUGGAACUAUCUGUGAGUUCUGCACAGAGAGGACCUGUCCUGUGAUGUCGGGCGGACCAAAAUAUGAAUACCGGUGGCAGGAUGACCUGAAAUAUAAAAAACCUACAGCACUACCGGCACCCCAGUAUAUGAAUCUUUUGAUGGACUGGAUUGAGGUUCAGAUCAACAAUGAAGACAUAUUCCCUACCAGUGUAGGAGUACCAUUCCCAAAGAACUUCCUCCAAAUCUGCAAGAAGAUUCUGUGCAGGCUCUUCAGAGUGUUCGUUCACGUCUACAUUCAUCAUUUUGACCGUAUCAUCAUCAUGGGGGCUGAGGCUCACGUCAACACCUGUUACAAGCACUUUUAUUAUUUUGUGACUGAGCUCAAUCUCAUAGAUCGCAAGGAACUAGAACCUUUGAAAGAGAUGACAGCCAGGAUGUGUCACUGAAGAGUCACUACAGAAUGAAAGAAGAAAAAUAAUGCAAUUUCUGACUAACUGAAGAACUAGGGACUCACAGCCCCCGGGAGCAAAACUUGCAUGUUAAUCUUUAAAAAGCAGGAAAGUUGGGACCAAAAGAUCAUUCCUUUUACAGACACUUUGCACCAUUAUGUAUGCUCUUAACCCUAAAAAAUGCUGCUAGGCUGUUCCUUGGAAUUAAGUAGAUUUCUCAGAAAGAAAAGUGAUUGUCGAUAUUCCCUGAACAAUCAAGGAGGAGCUCGCCAGACUACAGACUGGUUUCCAUUCACCUUCCUGCUCUAGAAGCUGUAAUUUGGAUUUCCAGUUGUACUUUUGAAACUGACUUUAUUGUUAAAAGGAAAAAAUGUAAAACUAUAUUUCUACAUGCAAUUGUUGUGUACAGCUGUGUUAAGAGCAAACACAAAAUUUCAGUUCAACCUGUUUGUCUCUCUAAUUUAGCUUCAAAAUAAGUCAGCCAGACAUUUGCUUAAAAGAAAAUCCCAAAGACCCUGCACACUGUUUGACCAGAAAAAUGAGAUAAAUUGUUUCCAUCAGGGUCCUAGAUAACUACAGAUGAGCAGAAAAGAAAUUGGUGGAAUGGCCAAAAUUGGCCUGCAUGUUAAAUCUGUUGGUAGAUUAUAUUCAAGAGACCUCAGGAAGGAUGUGUAUUUUUCUACCUGCAAUAUGGCUAUCUAGGUAGAUGAAGACUUAUUGGAAAUCUUGGAACUAGUAGCUAAGAUCCUGGCAGCAAGUUCUAGCUUGGUUGGCUUAGGCAAAGUGAUGCAGUGCUGAAUUCUUUUUUAUUCACACGUUUCAUAACAAGGUAUCUUGAACACCAGUGGGAUUUGCUGCUGGAAAAGUACUGCAGAGAAUGUCCUGAUGUGUGGGACUGUAGUCAGAAUGUUUCAGACCAGAGAAAAAGAGUAUAUAUGUCCGUCACAUAGAAUGAUGAUCCCAGACAAAAGACUGGAUGGGGGCAUUUAGUGUUUGGGAGAUGGAAGGUGUUUUUUUGCCUGGGUGAUAGGGAAAGGCAGAUCUUAUGCAACACAGCAAAGAAGAAUUACUGCAGUUUUAGGCUGGUGCAACCCUGCAUGGAAUUGCAAACCAAAAUACAUUGGGAUUAUUGAAACCACAGCAACAUUCAGGGUGCUUCUAGAGGGCUCACUCAUGCUUACAGACAAGCCAUUUUGACCAGAGUUAAGUGACAAUUACAAAAUUAUACACUGAGACACUAGAUUCUGUGUUGCAAUCACACCUAUGCAGAUAUCUAGACUGUUGAUAUACUACUCAAAGUUUGCGAAAAAAAUGCUCCGAAAUACCAUUGUGCCUCAACUAUGUUUUUAAUUAAAAUAUUUGUUUUCUUACUUAUUUCAUUAACCAAGAAGCUGGUGGCCUGUUUGCAAUAUUCAUUAUAAUGUUGUGCAUUUAGAGGAAGGUAUUAAAAACUUUUUUGAGGGAGGUAUUAAAAACUAGCAAGGCCUCAAGGCAGCAUGAACUGAGAAACAACCAAAACACAAACACACGCAGGCUAGAUCAUAAUCCAUGCACUUUGUACGUGCAGAGAUGUGUAGGCGACGGAUUGCAUAUGUGGGUGACUGAAAUGUUUGAUGCAACAUUUUUAUUCAAAUUGCUCUUCCUCGUUAUUGGUUGUCUCUUAAUUUGAAAAAAAAAGACAUUCCUUGUUGAAAAUUGCAAGGAUGAUGCUGUUCUUUGGUAUCCAGUAAAUACUGUGCCAUCUAUAUUCGGUAAAUAAGAUGAAUAAAUAAGUCAGUCUGAUCCAAUCAAAUUAAAAUUGGUGACAUCAACAAGCAGCCAAUGAAUAUCCAUGUUAAAUUUGUUAACCAGCAUUUAGUAAGACCAUCUUAAGAACCCUAGAAAACAGAUUAAAAGAACUACUGUAUCAUAUUUUGCGUGCCUUUUAGCUCAGAUUUUUCCUCAUGCAAUUAAUUUUUUAAUUUUCUUCCCCCUGAUUAAGCAUUAAUUUGUGCAUCUCGUAACCACUUUUCCCCCUGAGUUCUUCAAGGACUGGCAUUAAUCCCACCAGAAAAAUAGCAAGCAAUGCUAUCGUAGAUGAAAGGGACAGCAUGUAUUAAUCUUAUAGCAUUAUAUAGAUUUUGGAGAAAUGGAAGAAGCUGUUUUUGUUGUUGUGUACAUUUAUAUUCCUGAACUGCUUUAACUUUUAAAGUGAAAAUGAAUCUGUGGAAGUUUUGAAUCAGAAUAUCUGUAUGGGAGUUUAUGUGAAAUUGCAGUGUCUGUUAUAGAUCCAUUCAUGAAGAAUAUUUCACUAAGUGGUACAUUUACAGCCCAAUCCAGAUGGGGGGAUGAAUGGGCUGUGGGAUUGGUGGAGGGCAGUGCUGAUGUAUUUGCCCACUCUGCUGGCACAAGGGGCACCCCUGCUGGCAGACAAGGUGCCAGUGGCCGAGCACCCUCAGUGAUGAAACCUAGAAGUUGGGGCCACUGCAGAGCAAUACUUGUGUCAAAUUGGACACCGGAGUGAGAGGAGCAGGCUGGGGUGUUCCUAGGGGUGGAGCUGACUUUAAUUGCCUUCCUGCCCUAAAGGCCAGGUGGAAACCAACUAAAGUAACUCCAUUAAACCCUAUGGAGGACUUCUGGGUGGUGGGUUUUUUUCCCUUGUAGCUGCCUCCCUGACCUGCCUGUAAGCCUUACGGAGGCUGCCCUAAGGAUCUGGAUUGGGCUGUUAGGGUACAUGCAAGUGUAUCAAAAGCAGAAAUUGAUACAUUUUUUUCUCCUUUCUGCCCAAGCUACAUGAAUGAAUUGACUAUGGCUGCAGAGUCUUGCUCUUCUCUCUCUGCCUUAAAAUAACCAUCCACCUAUUGCUUCUGUUGAAAGUUGUGUUUGCAUGUCUCUCUGUUUAAAAGUUCACUUUGCAUCUUGAUGAAAUCAUGAAUGUUUUAAAAUGAAAUACUGCCUUCUGGUAUGGUUGGGGAAGUGUUAGGUGGGUUCCUGAUAAUACAAGUUUAAGCCAAUCAGCGCUGUGCAUAUCUGACUUCUACUGCAAACUGGUCCAAGCUUGAUCCUGAAAAGAAUGUUGCAUAGCCAAACAAAAUGUAAACACCUUUCUGCUCAAACCAUAAUUGCCAGUAUAUCUGUACUGCAGGGUGUUGUUGAUACAUGCACUGCUUUCUGUCCAUAGGCCCAUUUCUGCUUGAUAAACUGUGAAAUACAGAAAUUAAGGUAACGGGGACACUAGGCUCAAUGGGUAUGUUGCUAUAGUGAGAAAAGACUAUUGGCUGAGCCUAAUUUAUUUGUGUCCAAGAGCCUCUUCAAAUCCCAGCCUUGUUUGUGUGUGUGUGUGUGUGUGUGUGUGUGUGUGUGUGUGUGUGUGUGUGUGUGUGUGUGUGUGUGUGUGUGUGUGU